CUGCGAAUGAUUUAUAGACUAAGACUUCUUGGCUAGCUUCGCAUUCAUAUUAGCCUCCGAAAGUAUGGUUAGCAUGACCCGACCCCGGCCGGCGAUGGCACCAUCCGUUGCAGCCUCUCAACCCACACGCACGAUUGACCAGUGCCCACUUUACUGUGCGCUCUCGUAUGUAUGGGGGACCGAUGAGCCGAGCAAUGGUAUCGAAAUAAAUGGCAAGCUCUUCCUGGUUCGCGACAACCUCUGGGCUGCCCUAUACGAACUGGCAAAUUCCGAUACGGCGGCGGCUGGGGGGAAAGGUUCAAGGAAGACAGAUACCAGUCUACGCGUCAAUGGCUCCUACUUCUGGAUCGACGCCCCUUGCAUCGACCAGGAAGACGUGCAUGAGCGCGGGCACCAAGUUAACAUGAUGCAUGAUAUUUUCAGCGCCGGCGAGACGGUAAUCGCGUGGCUCGGAAAUAAGGCACAGAACUCAAACCUAGCCAUGGACGUCCUGUCGCCAACGUCCAGCGAUCUGAAGGUGAACAAUCAACAGAGUAACCAUGAGCCGGAAGAAUAUAGACUGACCGUCGUCAUGGAUGCCUUCCCGAAAUCUGCCCCGAUCUUUGUGCGUGUAGACUAA